UGUUUGUCUGCAGGUUCUUGUGAGUGGAGGAUUGUUCUGGUUGGGAAGACGGGAGUGGGGAAGAGUUCAGCAGGAAACACCAUCUUAGGUGAUGAAGUGUUUGAGUCUGAACUAGCUGCAGAGUCUGUCACAUCUGAUUGCAAGAAAGUAACAGGAAAGGUUGAAUGGAGAAAGGUUGCCAUUAUUGACACUCCAGGACUGUUUGACACAAAGUUAACCAAUGAACAUGUGAUUAAAAGGAUCAAAAUGUGCAUCGGUUUGUCUUCUCCUGGUCCACAUGCCUUCCUGGUGGUUCUUCAGCUGGGCAGAUUCACAGAGGAGGAGAAAGAAACAGUGAGACUGAUUCAAGAAACAUUUGGUGAAGAUGCAUCUAAAUACACAAUGAUACUGUUCACUCAUGGAGACAGACUGAAGAAAAAAACCAUUGAAGAGUUUCUCUCAAAGAGCGAGGACUUGAGCGACAUCAUCCAGAAGUGUCAUGGCCGUUAUCACGUCUUCAACAACAAUGCUGACGACCCGUCACAAGUCAGUCAGCUUCUGAAUAAAGUAGAGAAGAUGAUUCAGGACAAUGGUGGGUCACACUACACCACAGAAAUGUUCCUGAAAGCAGAAGAAUCCAUCGAGAAGGAGAAAGAACGAAUCCUGAGACAGAAUGAAGCCAAGAGGAAGAAAGAGCUGGAGGACCUGCAGACCAAAUACAAGGCAGAAAUGUUGGCGUUACAACAGGAAAUGAUGAAAGAAAGACAUGAGAUGGAAGCAAGGCUCAAGGCUGAAAUACAGGCACAAACACCUCCAGUCGACCCACCUCGUCGUUCUGGCUGCGUAAUCCUUUGA